CCUCUUUUCCCUCCUUGCAGACGGCCCGUCGGCUCCCGUCAACGUCACAGUCAAACACCUGAAAGCCAACUCGGCCGUGGUGACUUGGGACGUUCUGGAGGACGAAGUUGUCAUCGGAUUUGCCAUUUCCCAACAGAAGAAGGACGUGCGGAUGCUGCGCUUCAUCCAGGAGGUGAACACCACCACCCGCUCCUGUGCCCUCUGGGACCUGGAGGAGGACACCGAGUACAUAGUGCAUGUCCAGGCCAUCAGCAUCCAAGGCCAGAGCCCUGCCAGCGAGCCGGUCCUCUUCAAGACCCCCAGGGAAGCUGAGAAACUGGCUUCUAAAAACAAAGAUGAGGUGACAAUGAAGGAGAUGGCAAAGAAAAACCAGCAGCUGCGAGCAGGGGAAAUUCUCAUCAUCGUCGUGGUGUUGUUUAUGUGGGCAGGCGUCAUCGCCCUCUUUUGCAGACAGUACGAUAUCAUCAAAGACAACGAGCCCAAUAACAGCAAGGAGAAAGCCAAGAGCGCCUCCGAGAACAGCACUCCCGAGCACCAGAGCGGGGGGCUGCUCCGCAGCAAGUUUCCAAAAAACAAGCCCUCAGUGAAUAUCAUCGAAGCGUGACAGCCUACCCUCUGAUAGAUGGACUCCAUUUCUCACUCUCACUUUCUGCCUCUGAGCCUUGAUGACUAAGGGAGGUGAAAUAUUGUUGGAGCAAUCUGGAAAGAGACCUCACGAUUGCCACUUGCUGGCACGAACCUCC